AUGAUGAACGCACCAAUAAUUUUAUUGAAGGAGGGAACAGAGGCUAAGUUUGGCAAACAGCAGAUAAUUAGUAAUGUCAAUGCGUGCAAUGUGAUCGCCGAUAGUGUUCGUACCACUCUGGGACCUCGUGGCAUGGAUAAACUAAUUAUCGAUUCUAAAGGUAAAACGACGAUCUCAAAUGAUGGAGCAACUAUUCUGAAAUUACUGGAUGUUGUUUUCCCUGCAGCUCAAGUUAUGGUUGAUAUAGCGAAAAGUCAAGAUGCUGAGGUUGGCGAUGGCACUACUUCAGUUGUAAUACUGGCAGCGGAGCUUUUGAAGUGUUCAAAAUCUUUCAUUGAAGAUGGUGUUAGUCCACAGCUAAUAAUUCGUUCCUAUUCAAAGGCUUGCGAAGAGGCAACUAGCCGACUUAAAGAACUGGCUGUGAAAAUCAGUGGUGAUAUUAAUAUGCGUGAAAUGCUGAAGCGAUGUGCCACAACUUGUCUCAGCAGUAAAUUGAUAAGCCAAGAACGAGAAUUCUUCGCUGAAAUGGCUGUCGAUGCCGUCUCAUAUUUGGAUGAAAAUCUGCCAUCAAAUAUGAUAGGGAUUAAAAAAGUUAGCGGUGGAUCUCUUUCGGAUUCCCAACUUGUUAAGGGCAUCGCAUUUAAGAAAGCGUUCAGUUAUGCAGGCUUUGAAAUGCAACCAAAACAUUACAAAAAUCCUUUCGUUGCUUUACUUAAUAUUGAAUUGGAACUCAAAGCUGAAAAAGACAACGCAGAAAUGAAAAUUCAAACUGUAGAUGAAUAUCAAAAGAAAAUUCAUGAGUCUGGAGCAAAAGUAGUGCUUUCGAAAUUACCAAUUGGGGAUGUGGCAACACAGUGGUUUGCUGACAGGGAUAUGUUCUGUGCGGGACGUGUUGAACAGGCUGAUAUGGAUAGACUAGUUGCCGCAUGUGGUGGUACUGUUCUUACAACAGUAAGUCAGAUUAGCAAGGAACUUCUUGGAAGCUGUGCUGAAUUUUACGAACAGCAAGUAGGAAACGAACGAUAUAACUUUUUCUUUGGUUGUACAAAAGCUAAGUCUUGCACCGUGAUUUUGCGCGGUAGUGCAGAACAAUUCAUCGCAGAAAUGGAACGUUCUUUGCACGAUGCAAUCAUGAUUGUGCGACGCGCUAGAAAAAAUGACACAAUUGUCGCAGGUGGUGGCGCUAUUGAAAUGGAACUUUCGCGACAUAUUAGAGAUAUUUCUAAAACUAUCGCGGGUAAAGAGCAAUUUUUUUGGCAAGCAUUCGCCAGGACUCUAGAGAUAAUUCCAAAGCAGCUGUGCUACAAUGCAGGAAUAGAUGCGACGGACAUACUGAAUCGAUUGCGGCAUCGACAUGCUAAAGGAGAUAAGUGGGCAGGAGUUGAUAUUUAUGAGGAAGAUGUCAGUGACAAUAUGGAAGCAUGUAUUUGGGAACCAGCUAUUGUGAAACUAAAUGUGCUGACAGCGGCGACUGAAGCAGCAUGCCUUGUUUUAAGUAUUGAUCAAACGAUCAAGAAUCCUCGUUCAGCAAGUGGUGGCCAAUUACCUGAUAUGUAA